AUGGCCGCAGUUGGCAUGGCUACCGCCUCCAUCACGGCGCCCCCUUCGCUUUGCACGACGACUCUCUUGCCCGACAGCGGUGUUAUGACGCUGGGACUCGAUGGCGUGCCCACGAUUCUAACUGAACCUGCGAUCUACCAAGUGCCAUGCCCGACCCCCGACCUCUUUCGACGAGACGACUUCCAUGUGACAGUGGGUGCUUCAGGUGACGAGAGUAGUCUCACCCAGCACGAUCCAUCAGAUAGCAGUCCCAAAUUUUCAGACUUUCGUGACCCCUUCUACGCCUCUACCUUUCCGAUAUGUUACGCCCUCGCCGCCACAACCGUUACGGCGUACAUGCUCGUCAUUAUGCUUUUCGUCACGCCACGAUCUUUUCUUGAUGGAGGAAUUGUUUACCUAGGCAGACGAUCCGCGUUUACUCAUAGCUCGUCCAGCAGCGUCACUAUCGGUGGUCGGCCUUGGCUGCAGAAAGUCGCCGCUUUGACUGUCGCUAUCUCACUGACAAUUGCCUCGGCCGACACAUUCAAGGUGGCCAAGAGCCAGUACACUUGGGGAAUACAAAACGCGAAUCAACUGCAGGACGAAGUUAUGAACAGCGUCGAACUAAAGGUUAUUCGCCUCGUUUCAGAUACGUUUUUAUGGCUGGCCCAGGCCCAGACUCUCAUCCGACUCUUUCCGCGACACCGAGAAAAGAUCAUUAUCAAAUGGGUCGCAUUCGCGCUUAUCACACUUGAUGUUGUAUUCAGUGCCAUCACCAGUUUCAAGUACUCAGAGAACGGCAUCAACACCACUGCGCGACCCAAGAACUUUGUCCACCCCGUUCCCGCGCUAAGCUACCUAUUUCAGCUUUCACUUGGACUCUUGUACGCAGCCUGGGUUGUCUACUUUGCGCUUAUGAAAAAGCGUUAUUCUUUCUACCACCCUUUCAUGAAAAACAUUACCUUUGUCGCCAUCAUCUCGCUUAUUUCGAUUCUGAUCCCGGUCGUCUUCUUCAUUCUCGACAUAUCCCAGCCCGAUUUUACAGGGUGGGGUGACUACGUGCGAUGGGUUGGCGCCGCAGCCGCCAGUGUUGUUGUUUGGGAAUGGGUGGAAAGGAUCGAGGCUUUGGAACGAGAAGAGAAGAAGGACGGCAUUCUCGGACGAGAAGUGUUCGAUGGGGAUGACACACUUGAAAUUAAUGCUUCCGAAUUUCCUUGGCUCCGCAACCGCAAGAAUCGAAAAGGAGGUGGCCCAGGAGGUGGCAGCGACUCCGAGCGACCACAGAUGUCCUCGAAUACCGCUAACGGUUGGCCCACGGUUUCCUCCUUUGCCAACAGAUAUCGCGGACAGGGCAAUAGCGCCUUCGCUGAAAAUACUGAAGAGCCCACUCAAAGAGGAGCGGGAAGAAGUCUACGACCUACCAUAUGGCCAGCUCGGCCAGCGCCUGCAAUCACGCCAAUCAGUCGGACAGAUACGGCGAGCGCGGCGAGUACAGUUUAUGCCGUGAGAUAUCAAGCACCCUCGGAGACUACCUCACGAACACCGGACCCUCUGCCUCAACCGAGUGUCGUUGAUUUGAGUCAGCAAAGCAGCACUCCCCCAAGCCAGCAAGCGAAUGAUGAGUCCAGCUCAUCCAACCAGGCUCCAGCCUCUGUACAAAACGGCCAUGUUAUGUCGCCAACCUUACCACAAUCUAUGGACCUAGAGGCAAACACGUCUACUUUACCACCCCAGGGCGGCUGGAGAAAUCUCACCUUUGCUAACCCAAUAUUCCGUCGUUCAAGCGAGGAGGCAUCGAGCCAGAUGACCCAACGCUCUGAUAGCAACCCAGUAGCUGAUCGCGAAGCGAGGGCAAAUAGUUCCAGCCGAUGGGAUCUCAAGGCUCGCCUAGAAGAUUUUGCAGCAAAUCAGGCUGAAAGACUACGGGAUCAUAUGCGUUCAACGCCAAAUACCGAGAGCCUCCCUGUGACAGUGAUUCCAGCACCUCCACGGAGAGGAGCGGCAUUGCAGCAGGUUCUUGAGGAAGAAGAGCUCAACACAGCGGAACAACAAUCGUCGAGCAGGGAACGUUUUGUGAACCACAACAGCGGUACAAAUAGCCACAGCAGCGUGUCAAGGGAUGCAACAGGUGCCACACAAGGCAGGAGUCACAGCGGAUUCUCGGGAAGCCAAGGUGAUGGGCCGAUUCCACCAAGCAACCCACCAUUAUGGCGGGGUGUUCAGUCGAGAACAACCCUUGAUGAUGACUACUAUGACGAUUCCGAAGAUGGCUCAUUAUCGGGUAGAUCAUCACUGGACCACCGCAGACAAGAUUCGGACUCUUCGGGGCUUCGCCGGGUGACUUGA